UGUUAUCAAAAUAAACAAGCGGUGUUUCUUUGAGAGCACAAGGAAAUUGCAAGUUUUAAAAAUAUAAAAUGUGUUUUUUUUAAUUAUAAAUAAUCUAAUUGUUGUGUAAUUAGUGUAAUGCAAUAUUGAACAAAAUAUGAAUGAAGAGGAAAUUAUUAAAAAAAGACUCCUUGUCGAUGGAGACGGAGCUGGUGACGAUAGGAGGAUUAAUUUACUGUUGAAACAGUUUCAGCAAUGGUGUGCUGACGAUGAGGCUGAUGUGAAAUUGACCAGAGACCAUCUCCUCUCUCAGGUCAACAAGUGCGAGUACGCGUUCCUCAAGUCACGGCUGACGGCUACAAUGGCAGAAGCCGAGGUCGAGAACUACGAGUUCAUAAGCAAGCAGAUCGAACAGGAGAUUGAGAGAGUCAAGGAGGAAAUCGUAAAGACAAAAGAGGAUUUCAAAGAGGCUAAGGUGAUACGGAAAAACCGGCUCGAGUAUGAAGUUCUCGCCAAGGUCAUAAACGAACAGCAAGACAGGAAAGAGACAAAUGAAAAACUUGAAAAAUUACGCUCCGAACUUGAAACACUCGAGGUAAAAUACAACCAGUUGGAAAGCAAAUUAGACAUGAGGCGUAAACAGUUUCAUGUCUUGUUCGCUUCGUUACACCAGCUCCAAGUAUUGCUCGACGAAGAUGACAAUGACGAAAACAACCUCAUCGACGUUUCUUUAGAGACACUCGACGAAUUAGAUACAAAACGAGAAAUAACAGACGAAGUAAUGGAUAUAGUAAUGUAGUUAUUUUGUAAUAUUUAAAUAUAUUUGUAACUGAGUUUAAAUAAAUCUCUUUUUAAAAGAAAA